ACUGAUGGUGACGUCAUCCACCCCAUCUCCAAACGGGACAAGGCGCAGCAACUCAGUGGUCUAGUUUAGCGUUCGCAGUGCAUCCCUGGACACAACCUCCCCAUCAGCCCAACUUGUACACAUUCUCCAACCUCGGGAAGUUCUGGAGAGGACAAUGGGUUGCUUUGAGUGCUGUAUCAAGUGUCUCGGCGGAGUCCCGUACGCCUCCCUGGUGGCCACCAUCCUCUGCUUCUCAGGAGUGGCCCUCUUCUGUGGCUGCGGCCAUGUGGCCCUCACUGGCACCGUCACCAUCCUGGAAAACCACUUCUCCAAGAUCACCAGUGACCAUGCCAUGCUUACGGAUGUAAUCCAGCUCAUGCAGUACGUCAUCUAUGGCAUCGCCUCUUUCUUCUUCCUGUACGGGAUCAUCCUGCUGGCGGAGGGCUUCUACACCACCAGCGCCGUCAAGGAGCUCCACAGCGAGUUCAAGACCACUAUCUGUGGACGCUGUAUCAGUGGGAUGUUUGUGUUCCUGACCUACAUCUUGGGUGUGGCCUGGCUGGGCGUGUUUGGUUUCUCGGCGGUGCCUGUGUUCCUCUUCUACAACAUGUGGUCCACCUGUGCAGCCAUGAAGUCCCCCAUGGCCAACCUCACCUCUGUGGACUCCAUCUGUGUUGACGUCCGUCAGUACGGAAUCAUUCCCUGGAAUGCCACUCCAGGAAAGGCUUGUGGGUCCACACUAAGCGACAUCUGUAAUACCAGUGAGUUCUACCUGUCCUACCACCUGUACAUCGUAGCUUGCGCUGGGGCAGGAGCCACCGUCAUUGCUCUGAUCCACUUCCUCAUGAUUCUCUCCGCAAAUUGGGCCUACCUUAAAGACGCAAGUCAUAUGCAUGCGUACCAAGACAUCAAAAUGAAGGAGGAGCGGGAGCUGCACGACAUCCAGUCGCGCUCAAAGGAAUGCCUCAAUUCCUACUCUUAAGGAUUACACAGCACGGCCCACGGCCCACGCCCCCACCCCAAACCCCUCACACACCCACUGCCAAGGCCAGCUCCUAGGGGUCGGACCAAGAGAACAUUCAGCUCCAAUAACCUGCCAACUGUCUACACACAGCACACAGCACAGCACUAACCUGGCUCCUAACAAACUAAUGCAUCAGUGUUGCUUCUGCACUAACUCUCAGAGUAGUUUGUUGGACCUCUUUGUGUUUGAUAAACAACUGUGUCAAACCUUUUUUUGCUAUUGGUCAUGUUGAGAUAUAACUGUUGUGACACUCUUUGUUCUUUCUUUACUCCGGCUGUAGUCCUCUCUUUUACUCUAGUCAGUGCUGGAGAAGCUUGAAACAUUGCACUACUUGUUCUAUCGGGAGCAGUUAGGUUAUAGGGCAGACCAGAGCUAGCCCAUUAACAAGGGAAUAGAGAAGGGUUUGUUCCCUUAUCAAAGAUGCCAUUUUGAUUAUGAUACAUAGUACAUCCUACUGUACGCCUUACUAAAUCACAGAUUAAAAAAACGAGUGCAAUGUGGGGGUGUUUGAGUUUGCACAAACACUUCGAUAUGUUUGGUCUUGGCUCUUUAACUGCAUCUGUGGACGGUGGUGGGACACGCAGUAUGCACAGCAUAGCAGCACUCCACUGCUGCGUAUUAAUAUGCAUGCAUGCGUUUGGCUUCCUAUGACACUCCCUCUGUUGCCUUGCUGCACAAAAACAAAACAUACUGAAAAUAGUAGGUUGGGGCAGAACACAGAACACAGAACACAGAACUAGAACGCUCCAGGUUCCCUCAUUCAGUUUCCUUUGACAGCAGGCAGCCCAAUUCAAAUGUCACAGUUCCAUCUUUUAGCCCUGAGGGAAACGAUGUGAUUGACUGAUCCCCUGAACUACCUCAGGUGUGCUGAUGUGAGCUCAUACAGAAUCACUCAUUUUAACUAGAGAUUAAUACUGUGCUCUGAAGGUAACAUAGUCAUAGCACCAUGCCUUUUUCAGAAAAAAAAUCAUUAAAAUGUACAAAAAAAAAAAAAAAAAGAAAUCCCAUCAUAGUUUACAAGAAACCACUAUGGAGAAAUUAAAGCUUUCCAAACUGACCAAAAUAUUGGAAAUAACAAAAAAUGCUGUUGCCAGUCGUGUGGUUAGAUUGACUGGUUCCACUGAAACUGUUAGUGAAUGUCCCGUAAUAACAAAUCAAAUGCUAAAAUGGUUCUAAGCAACUGUGACAUGUCUUCCUUCCAGAAAGUUUCAUACUAAGCUGAGACAGAAGGACAAAGGAUGAUCGUAAACUAGAGAGGGUGGGAGGUUUGAAGUUGGACAAGUACGAAAUGUGAGAAUGUUAGCACCUGCAGCCAGAUUUAGGAGUAUUAAGUCAGGAUGUGGACCAUUUUACGAACAUGACAAUGUUAAGAUAGUUGACGUCAGUAUUUUUUGUCUAUGUACCGUUUUUUACUGAAAGAAUAUCCUCAAUUGCAUUUCAGCAUUCUCUUGAUGUGCGAUUGCAAACUGACAAAAUGACUGAUGUACUGUCUGUUUUCUGCUAGCUAGGGGAGAUUUACAGGGAUGUUUUUAUUCUGAUGUUUACUCAUUAUUGCAUGAAAGAGAAAAAUGUUUUUGCAGUAAUCCAGAUGAUGUGUAGUCAUUUGUACUGACAUCUAUAGUAGGCAGUGUGUGCCCAAGUCCUCAUCUUUUCCUUUCUUAUUUUUAGCCAUGACAAAGUAAUUCAUUAUAUGUCAAAGAUAUAGUCAUUAGAGCUGACUUGUAGUUAUACUUUUUUAUUGUUCAUUUGAUCAUUAUAUGACCCUUGUAUAGUACCAAUUUUGUAACCUAAUAGUGUACCCUUAUUUUCUAUAAAUGUUGAGGGCUUUCUUGAGAUUUUUACUUUUAAUAACGUUUAUUAUAUUGUUGUUAAACAGUACUUUGUUAUCAAAUACAUUUUUAUGAUGGCAUCCAUUGGUUAUUACAAAGUUGACCCCUAGUUUAAUAGAGACAAAACAGGCAAUCUGGCCCAGAAUGUUACAUGGACAGUACCAUGUACAGUGAUUGUUUAGUCCUCUGGACCUAAGUUUAGUUUUUGACCAAAUUGUGUUGAUGAAUAUUGGGAAAGGGUAGUCUCAAAUGUACAGUAGCAAGAGUACGAGUGUAUCUUCAUAAUUUAAGUGUUUUUGAGCAUUAAAGGACAAAAACAUGUACUGAACAUCGAAAGAAAACGACCCAACCAAACAUCAGACAUAAAUUAAAAAAAAAGCUUCCCACUGCCCAAUGUGUCAGGAAGUCCAUUUUUUGUUUUGAAGUGAUACCUUUGGACAUUUGUCAACCAGCCUGGUACUUGUUUUUAUUACAUCAAAAAUAAAGCCACUAAAUGCAAAAGA